AUGCCCCACCCACUCGAGCCUACGGUGCUCAACGCGCUCAACCUCAAGGUCCUGCGUCGCCACUGCCCGCAAAUCAAGGACAUCUAUGAUCAAGCGUCCUAUGUCGUUCUCUACCGGAGCAUAUUGAAGCAUCCGGAGGACCCGGAAUCGAAGGAGCGGGAAUGGAGUAAGAAGGACGUACAUGUGGAGGGGAGCAUGUUCCUCGUAGAGUACGAGACCUCCCCACCGCACGGCUUCUACAUCCUCAACCGCGAAGGGCUCUCCGACUUCAAACACGUCUUCCGUGCAGGGGACAAGUUCGAGUACAAAUCCGAUUUUGUCAUCUUUCAGGGCGAGGGGAGUGCCGAGAUCUGGGGACUGUGGAUAUUUGAGGAGGAUCAGAGGAAGCGGUUGGCGAAGAAGUUCUUGUAUUACCAUCAACUUGAAGUAGACCCCAGCACCGCUGCCCCAUCCGACCCACCCAUCCUCCUCCCGAACGGCAAACCCCAGCCCCAAACAGUAGACGAGCUAUUCCAGAACCUCCUCACCCUCCCCCCUGCAGGAAGUACCACCGUUUCCUCCCCCGGCACAGUCACCAGCAGCAUCAGCACCACGCCUAUCCCGACCGCUCCCGUGCUUGCAACCGGGCCACCAACCCGUGCCCUAGGGAGAAGAAGGGGCGAAUCCGUCUCCACUCCUUCCCAAGAACCGCAGAAACAGAUCCUUACUGCCUCUACCGGUCCUGGCGGAGUACGAGAACGCGGCCGCGAUCGCGAACGGGAGCGGACAGACCGAGAGGGCAGGGAGAGGGAAGGCAAGGGGAAGAAGCAACGACGGCCGAAGAGUGUCCCCCCUCAACAGGCGGAUGAACCCUCGGUACAUGCGCACGGCGUCCCGCCUCAUAUGCACAUGCCUCAGCAAUGGCCUGCACAGGAGAUGAAUGGACAGGCGGUGGUGCAGGACCCGAGCGUGAGCUUGAAACAGAUUUUUGGACUGUUGCCUGGUCCGGCACCGGCUGCGCCCACUCCGCCUCAGAGUUCGCUCUUAUCCCAGACUCAGCCACCGGCACAAGCACAAGCACAAACGCAAGGACAGGGACAGGGACAAGGGUCGACAGCCUGUCCGGGUGGUGGGUGGCCUCCUCUGCCCGGAGGGGUUGACAAGAUCAAAGAAGGCCGAGAAGGGAAAGGACACGGGAGGAAGAAGAGCGCUUUACAAUCCCAGAUCCAGAUCCAGAUCCAACCUCAGCCUCAGUCUCAGUUAGGCCUAGCUCAAGCUCAAACGCCAACCGCAACGCAGUAUAUCCCCCAACCGGGGCUGAACGGCGAGAGCCUCGUUGAUCCCGAAUCUGUCAAAGAAGCAAUAGUGGAGAAGAUGCUCCUGCUCAAGGUUAACGGUGAGGCUGAGCCGGGUGCGGCGGGGAAGGCGUGCUCGAGCCAGAGGGAAUUCGUACAGGAGGUGUUGAGGUUGAUACAUACUGAACGGGAGUGGACGAGGGAGCUUUGGGAGGCUUAUGAGCGGAGGGUUGGGGGGGAGGGACGAUGA